AUGGUGGGGCUCAUGCACUCUCCCUCCGCAGCUUUCUCGGCCUUGCGCGCAGCGAGAAGUUCUAUUCGCGCUCCAGUGAACAAGCGCUUCUUUACUCCUUCAGCAUCCAACAUGGCCAUCAAGGCAUACUUUGACUGCUCAUGGACCGGCCCGGUGGUCGAGGUCGACGCCCAGGGCAACGUCACUCGUACCGGCGACGUCAAGGCUCAAACCGGCCGCAUCAACUUCGAACUAUUCGACGAUGUAGUUCCCAAGACGGCUGAAAACUUCCGCGCUCUCUGCACCGGCGAGAAGGGCUUUGGGUACAGCGGCUCCAAGUUCCACCGCGUCAUCCCCCAGUUCAUGCUUCAGGGCGGUGACUUCACCCGUGGCAAUGGCACUGGCGGCAAGUCCAUCUACGGUGAGAAGUUCGCCGACGAGAACUUCAAGUUGAAGCACGACCGCCCCUUCCUCCUGUCCAUGGCCAACGCUGGGCCCAACACGAACGGCUCCCAAUUCUUCAUCACAACCGUCGUCACCUCGUGGCUCAACGGCAAGCACGUCGUCUUUGGCGGCGUCCCGGACGGCGAUGUCGAGUCCUACAAGGUCGUCCGCGGUAUCGAGGCCGUCGGUAGCCAGAGCGGCGCCGUCAAAUACAAGGAGGGCCCGCCUACCAUCACGGAUGCUGGUGCCCAGAAAGGUAGAUAA